CUGAGUAAUUUAAUUGUUAAUGACAAAUACAAAGUCAUCUACUGCUAUAUUCCCAAGGUUGCCCGUACUCAAUGGAAGCGUACUUUUCUUGCACUUGAAAACCAAACCAAAGUGACGAAGACGAAAAGAACGAACACCAUCAAAAAAAUUUCAUUUUGCUUAGAGGAUAUUCCGUCGAGGAUAUCAAAAUGAGGCUGCAAUCUUACUAUUAGUUUCUAUUUGUUCGGGAGCCCUUCGAGAGGCUUUUGUCAGCGUAUGAAAACAAGUUUGUAAAACGGCAAUGGCCAUGGCGUUAUAUUUUUAAGUUCGAGAGGGACAUUUAUGAAAAAUUCAGUCAAGUUGAUCCUAGCGCUGGCUGGAAUGUGACAUUCAAGAGAUUUGUUUAUUUCUUGAACGAUUUUAGAUUUCAUCAAAAUGACCACUGGGCACCUAACGCACGACUUUGUCUCCCAUGUGACAUAGAAUACGAUUUUAUCGGCCAUUUUAAAGACAUGCCGGAAGAAGCUGCUUACAUCCUGAAAAAAACUGGAAUGGAUAAAGAGGUUACCUUUCCUGAAUUUGUUACCCACAAUACAAAAGGUAAACUGCUUCAAAAAUAUGCACCAGUUCCCAGAGAGAAGAUUGCAGAACUGGCCAAGGCCUUUGAAGAAGACUUUGAAAUGUUUAAUUUUGAUUUCCCAGGGCCUCUUUUAAGCCUCUUAAGAGAUUAUUUGGAUUGAGAUAGUUUGUUCAUGCCCUCGGGAUCAACAAGAGACACUUAGAGGCCGUCUAAUCCAUUUUAAAGGUUUAAAAAUUUUUAAAAAUAUCACCGCUUAAUAAAAGAGAUAUGUCUCAAAUGUAGGGAAUUGAUCCGGAAGCAAGGAGAGACUCGAUUGCAAAACAAAUUCUCCUCACCGAUAUGACAGAAAAAAAUGAAUGAAAAAAUUAUUUAUUUAUACAAGAAUCUGCAUGCUGUUAUCACGGUUAAAAAGUCAUUUUAACGCCUUAUUUAUGUUAAUUAUAUUAAACAUUCCUGGGAUACAAAAAAACGUAUAAAAACGUAGUCAUGUAGAGGUACAGCAAUAAAUAGUUAUUGCUAACUUAGUUAUGGACUGAGCCCUUAUAAAGUUGUGUUUUGGAGGAAACAAUUCAAAGGCGAAUAAUCUUAAACAGUUUAUGAGCUCAAUCAAAGUUGCUUGGCACCUUGGUUGUAAUUUUGGGCCAGAAAAAAGGUCUUUGAGCGACUUACAAACAGUCAUUCGGACAGGAUAUUGGCCAGAUUUCAACUUGGGAAAUUUUUAUUCGAAGUCUUGUAGAAAAAUAUUUAUUUAUGAAAAAUUCAACCGAUUUUCGUAAAACAGUGGAAACCGGUGUAGAUCUGCGCCUGCUAAUUUCUCUUUUUUUUUUCAAUCCACUGUAACAGAUCUCUGAGGACCAGGAGCGAAUUGAACAGAGACAAAUUGAACGACAGAAAAAUAUCAAAGACUACUGUGGAAGACACGUUGGAAAGAGCAAACAAGGCGAGACUAUGUCCAGAGAGCUUCUGGGUCAUUUAAUCGUUAACGACAAGUAUAAAGUUAUCUACUGCUAUAUUCCCAAGGUUGCCUGUUCUCAAUGGUAGCGUGUCUUUCUUGAUCUUGAAAACCGAGCCAAGGUGAGAGAUGAACACUCUAAGAGUAAUUUUAAGUUCCUUCAAAAGUAUUCCGACGAGGGUGUUAAAAUGAGGCUUCAAUCCUACUAUAAGUUUCUUUUUGUUCGAGAGCCUUUCGAAAGGCUUUUGUCAGCGUAUGAAAACAAGUUUGUAAAACGGCAAUGGCCAUGGCGUUAUAUUUGGAAGUUGGAGAAGGCCAUUUAUAAUAAAUUCAGUCACGUUGAUCCUAGCGCCGGCUGGAAUGUGACAUUCAAGAGAUUUGUUUAUUUCUUGAACGAUUUUGGAUUUAAUCGAGACGAGCAUUGGGCACCUUACAGACGACUUUGUUUCCCAUGUGACAUAGAAUACGAUUUUAUCGGCCAUUUCAAAGACAUGCCGGAAGAAGCUGCUUACGUACUAAAAAAAACUGGAAUGGAUAAAGAGGUUAUUUUUCCUGAGUUUGUAACCCACAAUACAACGGAUAAACUGCUCCAAAAAUAUGCACCAGUUCCCAGAGAGAAGAUUGCAGAACUGGCCAAGGCCUUUGAAGAAGACUUUGAAAUGUUUAAUUAUAAUUUCCCAGGGCCUCUUUCUAGCCUUAUGGAAGAUUAA